AUGCAGUUCUCCCACGCCUUGAUUGCUCUCGUUGCCGCCGGUCUGGCCAACGCCCAGCUCCCUAACGUUCCCACCUGCUCGCUCGACUGCUUCGUCUCUGCCCUGACCAGCGAUGGAUGCUCCUCCCUGACCGACUUCGCCUGCCACUGCGCAAAGACCGCUCUGAUCAGCGACAUCACCCCUUGCGUCCAGAAGGCCUGUGACACCGCAGACCAAGCAACCGUCUCCAACGUUGUCGUCUCCGAGUGCUCCGCAGCCGGCGUCCCCAUCACUCUCGCCCCGAUUGUGACCAGCACCAGCACCAGCAGCGCCAGUGUCGCCACCACCUCCGCCACCACCUCCGCCGAGACUACUACUGAGACCACUACUGCCAGCAGUGCCUCUGGCAGCGGCUCCACCGCUAGCGGCGCCCAGACCACCGAGUCCUCCUCUGCUUCUGCCUCUGCCUCCGGCUCCGGCUCCGGCUCCAGCAGCAGCAGCACCUCCUCGGGUGCUGCCGCUACUACUGCCGCCACUACCCCCGGAUCUACCCCCAGUGGAUCUACCCCCGCUGGCACCUCCACCCCGCUGGUCUCCAAGACUAGCAGCGGCUCUUCGGCUACUACCUCCGCUACCUACAACGCCGGUGCUAAUGUUAAGGGUAACAUGGCUGGUGUUGCUGCUGUCGCUGCCGUCGCUGCUUACAUCCUGUAA